UUUGUCACUUCUCCAGGAAUGUUUUUUUCAAAAUGGAAAUGACAGGAAGUGAUGAUGGAGCUGGAAAGGAAAGGUCCCUCAAGUCCCACAGUGAGGCUGACGAUAAUUCCAGUUCGUCAAGUUAUUUGGAUAAUCAAACCCCUCGAAACCCGGUCAGCACUCCGCAUCCUGAACUUUUAGAUGGUGAAACUUUGGCAGCAGAAGCGUCGGGUGUGCUGAAAUAUUUCCCGUUGUCGGACAACAAGAGUGGCGUGUCUGGAACGUUGUUCGUUACUACAUUCAAAUUAUCUUUCCAAGCCCCGACGGACGCUUCUCAAGAAUCUGAGGUUUCAAGAGACGCCAUUGUUAGUCGGUUGCUCCGAGCGAAUGAAAUAUGCGUCGCAAACAUCGACAGUUUGUAUUUGGUGUCAGAAGACGGGCGUCGACGGCGACUAUCGAAUCAGGUGACGGAUACUGCAAAAAUCGAUGUGCUAGAGGUGCAUUGCAAGGACUUCCGUGUAGUGACUUUCGGAUUCAAGUUCUGCUCGCUGGGCGACAUCAAGAAAGUGACGAACGCGCUUCUCCGCCACGGAUUCCCGCAACGCAUCGAGCUCAUGUUCGCGUUCGACUGCAAACUGAAGGCGGUGCCAUCUGUUGAACGCACGAGAACCUUUUACGAAGUGGGCGACUGGCAUCAGGAGAUGCGAAGGACCAAGUCCACGGGUUGGCGAGUGUCUUACGUGAACGAGCACUUCCAAGUGUGUUACUCCUUGCCCAAGUACCUGAUCGUGCCGCAGAGCUGUCCCGACAUUGAUCUCUCCUACGCUGCCCCGCAUUACAAUAAGAAUCGUCUUCCGGUUUGGGUGUGGGGUACCCCCGAUGGAGCUGCUCUGGUUCACUCUGCGAAGCCCGCAUUUGAGAACAGCGCCUUCGACAGUGCGAUGAAAAAUUUCAUCCGCCUGAGUCAUCCUAAGGCGGAUAAAACUUCAGUUGAAGUGAUCGAUUUGGAUGAAGUGUUGCCUUCAUGUGCGGAGCUUCAAGAUGCCUACGUAAAAUGGAGAAGCGUUCACGUGCCUUGUUCGAUGGCUGAAUUCGAAGAGGGCGACAACAGGUACCUGGCUGACAUGAAUGCGAGUCAAUGGCUUCAUUACGUGUCGAGAUUUUUGCGGGAAGCGUGUCGAAUUGUCAGGCUGAUGUGCGUUGAAAAUCGCACAGUGCUACUGCAAGAAGGAGAUGGUCGAGACACGUGCCUCCUGGUGAGCAGCCUGGUGCAAAUCUUGGCUGACCCGUCGUUUAGAACCCGGAUCGGCUUCCAGGAACUGGUCCAGAAAGAAUGGGUCACUUUGGGCCACCCGUUCUGUAGUCGUGGGGCGGUGCAGUCGAAUCAGACUCCGUCCGUCGUCCCUACGGCGACUAAUUUCCGCUCUGAGCACUCCCGCCAAAGUCCAGUUUUCCUGGUGUUCUUGGACUGCGUCUGGCAAAUUCUUUGGCAGUAUCCGAAAGAAUUCGAAUUCACCCAGACAUUCCUGACGGCGAUUUGGGAUUCCUUGCACGUUUCGAUAUUUGAUACAUUUUUGUUUGACUGCGUCAAAGACCGGGAAACUGCGUUCCAGGCAGAUGUGGAUCGUCUGACACCACGAAGUGUGUGGUCCUGGGAAAUGCAAUAUGAACCGCACCACGUGAACAUCUUCGACAGUCCGAGGACGCAAUUGAAGAGAUAUUUGCAGAAAUGGAAAUGGAUCGCUGACAAUGCGGAUUCCGACGAUGCUUGUCCCCAAGUACCCAUGCGGAAGAAGAACGGGACCGGCCAGAGGAAUGAAGCCCCAGCCAUGGACCGAGAAGAGCGGAUGAGUAAAUCCCGAAGCAUCCCGGGCGGGCAUUUGGCCGCCGCCGUUUUCAAUCGCAUCUUCCGCGGCGACCUCAGCAUGACGAACAAUAACCUGGACUCUUUCACCUGGGAACGGAACCUGGCCAAGGCCCUGGAAGAAGCUGCUCGUCUCCAACUCGAUAUGAAAUCCUGGGCGACGAGAAGCGACUACGUCAGAGAUUUACGCAUUGGCCGCGAACCCAAGACCGCGGGCGUGUGUUUGGAGUCGUGGGAUUCUCCUCGCAGUCGCACUCUUCAUCCCACCUACAGAUUGAGUCAGUUGAGGAUCUGGAACGAGUUGUAUCUCCGAUGGUUGCCUGCUGCGCAUAUUCGAUACGGCGGUGAAGAUGCUUUCAGGCAUCAAACCGAAACCGUGCUUCUAAACGACAUCGUUGACAUGUACGACCAGUUGGUGAAGUUGAGGGGCGGAAGUUAUUCUGCCGGGAAGGCCGAAGAACCCGCGGCAGAAGACGACUUUUUGUCGCGAAGGUUCUCGAAAUUUCUACGCAUCGAAAGUCUCGUUUCUUCUUAUCCGUAUUCCUCGGAACGAGACGUGGACCAUCAGCAGCAGCAGGGCUCCAACGGUUUCGGCAAUAACGGCUCGCAGUUCACCCGGCACUAUUCCAAUGACGACAUGCUGGACAGUCAGUCGCUCUGCGAAGGCGAUGGUGACGACGACCUCGCUUGAGCAUACUUGCUGAUUUCAUCAGCUGCGUGGUAAUUCAAUCUUUGAUGCUACACAUUUAAAAAAAAAUUUAUUUAUUUGGCGUGGGUGUGAAUUUUGAUCUAGUCGUGUUUUGGCAAUUUUGUGAAGAUGCGAGUGUUUAUUCUGGGUUCAGCGAGAACGUUCUUCUUUUUUUAUGUGUGUGAUAGGGGUUUGAAUGACCUGGUCAAUGAUGAAAUACUUAAAAUAGUACCGUACUGAAGUUCAACGUUUAUUUUGGCUUUCGAACGAUGUUGAUGGUUAAUCGAACGAUGUUUUUUGGUAACAAAAGUUGGAUUCAUGCGUUUCAGCUUCGUCAUGAUGGAAGUGAAUACUUUUUUUUUUAGAGGAUUUAAAUUUGUGUUUUUCAAAGGGUUCAAUACGUUGAAUAGUUCUGAAGUUCCCGCGAUUAUUUUGGUUUUCCAUUCAUGAUUGGUAUGCGGAUAAGACUUCAAAAAGUUCGAUUCAUGCGUUUCAACGUUUUUAUGAGUGAGUUAAAUUUGUUUCCUAGAAAUGAUUUAAACAUUUCUCGGUGUGUGAAAUACGUUGAAUAAAACUAAAAUUUCCGCGUUUAUUUUGGCUUAUAUAGAUUAUUGGUAAAAAAAAAACGAUCAUAUUGGGAAUGAAAGUUGGAUUCAUGCGUUUCAGCGUCAUUAUAAUUGAAGGAAUUGUUUUUUUGAAGGAUUCGAAAAUUAUUUCUCCAAGAUUAUCUUGGUAGAAAUCUUUGAACUACUACAUUGAAGUUUGAAUUCCAUUACUGUAUUUCGCAAUGAUGAUCGGUGAACGAACGAUCAUUUUGGGAACAAAAAUUCGACUCAUGCGUUUUAGCGUCGUUUUAAUCAAGUUGAAGGAUUUUUUUCAAUGAUCCAAAAAAUAUAUCUCGAAGUAUGUCUUAGAAUUUUUUUCAAGUACAGCAUUGUUUUCGUGCAAUUAUUUCACGACUAUUUUGGUUUUGUGGUAAGCAUUUUAAGUACGUGAGAUCAAACAAAGAUAUUUGAAUGAUGUACCAAAUUUCGUCAGCUUUAAUUAGUGAUUUGAAAUCCUCACAGAUGAGGCAACAUGUGGAAAUGAACAUGAGAAAAAUCGCAAUAUUUUUUUCGCGCUUUUUAGCUUCAGAACUUUUUUUUUAAUGCUGUUCAUCAAAUCAAACUUUUUCUUUUGGCUUUGAAAGGGUGUUAUUGAAAAUGUAGUAUGUUAUAAAAGCCCAAUGGAAGUUGGAGGGAUUGGAUGAUUAGUGAGAUAGUGCUUUGUGCAUGGGUGAUGAAGUUUGAGUAUACGCCACUUUUGUUGGUGUUUUGCGAGUGUUUUUCUUGAGAUAUUAGCAAAAGAGUUUAUUUUACAAAUUCCCACUUUUUCAUUCAGUUAUCUUCGCAAUACUUGUAUGAAAGUUUUGCGCUGUGGCUGUGGGAUAUUACUGUACUGCAAUCUUAAGAAAUGAAAUACCUGCCUUUGAUUCAAAUUUAGAAAUGAAAUUUACUUCAAAUGGAAACGCUAAUGGGAUUUUGUGUUUUCAGCGCGCUGAUUGUGCAGUUCUCAAUUUUCGUGAUGUAAUUGAGAAAAUGAAAUUUUCUUGAGGGA